GUUAUGACUGUGACAAACUGACAAACACUGUCAAUCUUUCAAAAUUAAAAAAAGUAAAAAGAAAGAUCUGAAAUUUUCAGUGCACUUAAGCAGUGUUUUGCUUGAUAAAAUCAAUUGAUAUCUGAUAUAUAUAAAUGUAAAUCCUUUGCAAAAAUAUCAUGAAAAUGGUGCCAGAAUUCUUACUUGAUUACAACAGUUCUUGUAUGGCCUCCGUUUUUGCUUGCAUCUUUUUAACUUGUUCUUAUGUUGCAAGUCUCUAUGUUUGGAGAUCCCCAAAAAAUAGAGAUCAUCCUUCUACAAUCAAAAAGAGGUUCUUCAGUGUCUUUUGCAUGAUGUUACUUGCUCCAUUUAUUACUCGUAACUUUUUAUCGGAAGAAUCGUCUAGCAAAGGCACAUUUUUCGAACAUAUGGGCCUUCGAAUGUCUGGUUUGAUUACAGCUACAUUUGCUCCUUUAUUUUUGACAAGUGUGUUAUUUUUGGGUCCUCUGUGUAUGCAGUAUUUUUCUGGAUUAUUGAAAUUAUAUGCAGAACCUAUGUACUGGCUGCAUAAUUGGCAAGAUUUGGUUUGGAUCCGUAAUCACAUCAUGGCACCACUGAGUGAGGAAUGGGUAUUCCGAGCAUGUAUGAUGCCACUGCUUAUGGAAUGUUUGCAGCCAUUCAUGGCUAUCUUCACUGGACCUCUGCUCUUUGGUAUAGCUCAUUUUCAUCACAUGCUUGAGCAAAUGAAAUCUGGAUAUGAUGUCAGGAGUGCACUUUUUGUGUCAUUUUUUAAAAUUUCAGCAUUCCAGUUUUCCUAUACGAGUAUUUUUGGUGCAUACUCCUCAUAUCUCUUUUUGAGAACAGGCCACUUCGUAGCUCCACUGCUAGCCCAUAUAUUCUGUAACCACAUGGGUUUCCCCAACUUCUCCGGCGUGCUAUGCUUUCCCCCGAUUGAGCGCGCCAUCAUCAUCUUCUCCUUCGUCCUGGGAUUGGUUCUGUGGUGCGUGUUACUCGUACCAAUAACAAACCCAGACCUAUAUGACAACAAGAUAUACCGGGAUGUAAAUUUUCAGAUUAAUUUGUUCACUUAAGUAAGUUUUUUUUAAUACACAAAAUUUCUUUCAAAUGCCACUGAUGAAUCAAACGUUUUGAUUAUUUAAAUGAUAUUAAUUACACAUGACAAAUGCAUGAAU